AUGGAAAAGAAAAUCAAGCCAGUGCAGCUGAAGAAGAGGAUCGCCGUGGAAAAUAUAAAGUCGCUGGAACGGUUCCAGGCAGAAUACUCUACCGAUGAUGCCAAGCAGAUUUCAGAGGCGUUAGAGGAUUUGGAGAAGCAUAAAGAAGGGUUCUUCGCCGCGGUUUCCAAACUGGAAGAGCUCGACGACAGUGACACAAUGAUCGAAGCUUGCAUCAUGGAAAGGAUCGACAUCGAGGAACGCUGCCGCAAGCUGAAAUCUUUUCUUCGAGAGCAUCAACCGAAGGAAGAAGGUUCCCUUAACGAGACGACAGGUUUGGCAUCAUCUACGCUUGCGUUUGGUCGACCUCACGCGCCAAACCUACGCCUGCCAAAAAUUGAGCUGCCAACGUUCGAUGGAGACCACACAAAAUGGCUCUCGUUCCGUGAUCGGUUUAUAGCCAUGAUCGACGCUUCUGCCGAGCUACCGUCUAUCGCCAAACUGCAAUACCUGCUUUCUUCGCUCAAGGGGGAUGCAGCAUUACCCUUCGAACACACACCUCUAACGGCAGACAAUUAUUCAGUGACGUGGGCAGCACUUUUAAAACGGUACGAUAAUUCUCGUCUGCUAAUACGUGAGUAUUAUCGUAAAUUGCACUAUCUUCCCGGAGUGCAAUCGGUGUGCGUGGAUAAGCUAACCCACUUGGUGGAUGAAUUCACCCGUUUCGUCAACGGACUGGUGAAGCUCAAGGAACCGGUUGAUUCAUGGGACACACCACUAUCGAACAUGCUGCUUAUGAAACUGGAUCGUGAAACGCUAUUGGCUUGGGAAAAACACUCCGUACACUUCACCAAGGAUGCAUACAAGGAUGUAAUUGCGUUCGUGCAAGAUCGAAUCCAGAUCCUCAAAUCGACCAACAAUUUUGUGAGUGAGCAGAGCGCUAGUGGAACUAAGGUGGCCGGCAUUCAUCGUCACGCAGUGCAACGGAGGUUCGUCGCAAAUGCAGCUGCAUCGUGCCCUACUCCUGCUGUUUCAUCUGGUUCGAUUCAGCAGCCCAAGUGUCCAUUAGAGUGCGCAGAAGCUCACCCAUUACGCAGCUGUCCAGUUUUUAUCGGCAAGGAGGUUCAGCACCGCCGGGACGUCGUCUCAUCGAAGCGGUUGUGCUGGAACUGUCUAAGCAGCACACAUCAAGUCAGAGCGUGCAAAUCUGACUAUUCGUGUCGUACGUGUCGUGAACGCCAUCACACUCUCCUGCAUCACACGCCACCUAGAACGGUCACAAUGGCAGCACAUUCCGACGACGACAAAGUGUUUUUGGAAACAGCAAACGUCCAGGUCAAGGACGAUUACGGCAAUCUCUUCGAGGCAAGGGCCUUACUCGACUCCGGUUCCAUGUCGAAUUUCAUAUCCGAUGAAUUCGCUCGGAAAUUGUUGACUAGUCGCAACAAGGUUAACGUCGCUGUAUCGGGCAUUGGAAAUGCAGUACAGCAAGUGAAGGGUUCGAUCGUCGCAACGGUGCAGUCGAAAACUCAAUCCUUUGCUACGGAGAUGGCUUUUCUGGUGUUGGAAACGCCAUCAGCUCACAUUCCCACUUCACCUACGGACAUCUCAUCGUGGAAAAUGCCGGACGUGGCAUUAGCUGACACCAACUUUAAUUUGCCUAGGCAUAUCGACAUCGUCAUCGGAGGCGAUACUUUCUGGGAGCUUCACACCGGUCGCAAGCGCUCUAUUGGCAGAGGCAAACCGUGGCUGGUGGAGACGCACUUCGGCUGGGUGGUAUCCGGCAACACACAGCACUCAUCAACUGGCCCGCGGGUGUGCCAUCUCGCAACACACGACAUCCCCUUGGAGGAAAUUAUGCAGCGCUUUUGGGAAAGCGAAACCAUAGCCGAGGAUCCUGUGCUAUCGGUCGAAGAGGAUGCCUGCGAAAAACACUACUCAUCGACAACCGUUCGCAAUUCAGCGGGAAGGUAUGUUGUUAGUUUCCCUUUUAAUCCUAAUCCAAAUGUCGUUUUAGGGGAAUCUAAAGCAACAGCCGAUCGUAGACUCCGUUGUAUGGAACGCCGUUUGGUGAAUAAUCCUACAAUGAGAGACGAAUAUGUAAAAUUCAUGCGGCAAUACGAACAUUUGGGUCACAUGAAGAGGCUUACUGGUCCGGUAGACGAUUCGACUCAACAUUAUUACCUUCCUCAUCAUGCCGUGGUAAAAGAGUCGAGCACAACAACGAAGGUUCGGGUUGUUUUUGACGCGUCGUGCAAGACGUCCAGUGGCUAUUCGUUGAAUGACAAGCUGUUGGUCGGUCCAGUCGUUCAGGACGAUCUUUUCUCCAUCAUUCUUCGGUUCCGUUUGCAUGCCAUCGCCCUGACUGCUGACGUGGAGAAAAUGUACCGUCAGAUUCUACAUCACCCUGACGAUAGAAACCUGCUACGUAUCCGAUACAGAGAGAGCCCUACAGACGAAAUAUCCACCUUCGAGCUACAAACAGUCACGUACGGUACAGCAUCUGCUCCAUUUUUGGCAACUAGAACUCUACGGCAGGUUGCUAUCGAUAACAGCGACACAUACCCACAAGCUAUAAACGCUGCGUUAAAUGAUUUUUAUGUGGAUGAUUUGUUAACGGGAUCAAACGACAUGAACGAAGCCAUUGAAAUGCGCACACAAAUUUCACAAAUGUUGGAAUCAGCAGGAUUCUCACUAAAAAAAUGGGCAUCGAAUCGGUCAGAAGCACUAGUAAACAUUCCUGCCGAAGACAUAGCAAUCCAACCAACGCAUGAGUGGCAAGAAUCAAACCAUGUAUCCACACUUGGAAUCGUUUGGGAACCAACAGCAGACACGUUUCGGUUCCGUAUUGAUAUGCCUCCUAUCACAACCAUAAUUACCAAAAGGCUAGUUUUAUCCUAUAUUGCUAAAGUUUUCGACCCUCUCGGCUUGCUUGGGCCUACGAUCAUCAUGGCGAAAAUGUUUAUGCAACAACUAUGGGCGCUAAAGAAGGAUGGAAAGUCAUUUGACUGGGAUAGCGAGCUACCAUCGCCCCUACAACGUGAAUGGUUAAAAUUUCAUUCAACCUUGGGAUCACUCCGUGAUAUACGCAUUCCACGUUAUAUUUCCCAAUGCACAGCUACAAACGUGCAAAUACAUAUAUUCGCAGACGCUUCACAAUUAGCAUAUGGUGCUUGUUGCUAUAUUCGUGCUGAAAGCAUAAAGGGAGUCAGUGUUCGAUUGCUAACGGCCAAAUCAAAGGUGGUAGCUUUAUCUAAUUCACAUUCGAUCGCUCGAUUGGAAUUGUGUGCAGCACGAUUGGCAACAGUCCUUCAUCAGAAGGUGCAACAAUCACUAAAAAUUUCUGCUACUACUAUCUGCUGGACGGACUCUAUGACGGUACUCCACUGGCUAAACUCUGCCCCCAACCGAUGGAAACCAUUCGUAGCGAAUAGGGUCGCUAAAAUACAACAGACACCUAACAUACAUUGCUGGAAACAUGUUCCUGGCAUCGAUAAUCCAGCUGACGAUAUUUCGCGCGGUCUGACGCCGGAAAAACUAUUAGUAUGUGAGCGCUGGUGGCACGGGCCACAUUGGUUAUCGCGAGGCAUGGAAGAAUGGCCACAAGAUCCACCAUCACUAAAUGAGUCAGGGAUCGCGGAAGAGGAGAGGUUGGCAUCACGGAUUGCAACAACAUCAACAAUCUGCGAGUUUCGCAACGGAUUGUUUUCACGGUAUUCGGUUUACCACAAGCUUCAACGGGUUGUUGCAUAUUGCCUGCGCUUCAUUCAUAACAUAAAACACCGCCAGCAAACUAAACCAAAUGCUAAAUCCGUUCCACUACUCACGGUCGAAGAGCUCACACAGGCAGAAUUGAAAUUGUGCUAUUUGUCACAAUUAGACUCGUUUUCCGAAGAAAGACAUUGUCUACAAAAAAGCAAAGAGAUCCCUAAACAGUCUAAACUGAAAUGGCUAUCACCGUUCAUCGAUAGUCAAGGUAUCCUACGCAUUGGUGGCCGGCUCAGCAACGCACAGCUGGCAGAUUCAACUAAGCAUCCCAUUAUAUUAUCUGCAAAGCAUCCAUUAUCAGCACUACUGGCAGUUUCACUGCAUCUAAAGAAGUUACACACCGGGCCUCAAAUGCUUUCUUACAACGCUACGCCAACGAUUUUGGCUCAUAGGAGGUCGCAAUUUGUGCAAAUCGGUCUACCACAGUUGUCACUCUUGUUUUAA